AUGUCUACUUCAUCAGCUUCAUCAUUACAAGCCUCAUCGUCAAAUUCACCUAUCACUUCAGCUGCUCUUCUACAACAACAUGCAUCUGCCCCAAAUCCCCUUGCUGCUGCCUUGGAACAGGCAGUAACAGACCGCAAUGCACUUGCUGGGCAAAACUCCUCGCUCUGGAAGCUUGUUGAAAAACAGCGGGCGGGAUACAGUCAAAUUCUGCGCGAACUCGAGCGUGUGAGAGGAGAGCGCGAUACAUGGCGAGCUCGUGCUGGAGGCAAGAGAGACGACCAACAUCAAGGUCACUCUAGCAACAAUCCAGACAAUAACGAGCCGAAACAUUCGACGCCGAGAAAAUCCCCGGAUGAACAAGCACCUCGCUCGACGUCGUCUGCUUCGUUGCACUCCCAAUCGCAUUCUUCGCUACUACACUCGGAACGACAGCGGGCUGGUUCAGCAAGUUCCCAGCACUCUCUUCCUUAUACAAAUCCCUCAUCCAGUUUAUCCAACUCUCGUUCCGUCCAUUCUUCGACCUCUGCAGAGCCCAACGGCACCAACAAUAAUGCAGGUCCUACAUCUGCUAAUUUAUCAUUCCCUUCCCUCGGAUCAUCUCCCAUUCACACUCGUACUGCCUCAUCUCAUCCGCACCCCCCUCAGAACGUCCAUCAUCAGCACACUCAUUCAUCGCAGCGUUCACAUUCUCCACCAAUUAAUUCCCUCCCACAAAGCCAGCGUUCUGUACCGGCUCCCUCACCCCUGGGUAUCUCGCAACCACUGCGGUCGGAAUCGUUGCCAGCUUCCUUACAGGCAGGUCCGCCCAUUCGCCCGCCCAAUAACACGGUUCCUCCUCCUCGAAAAAUGAGCUUGAGUGAAUUCAACGGCUCACCCAACCUCAAUGGUAACGCAUCCCAGCCAGUAGUCAACAACCCCACUCCGCUACCUCACACCCUGGCCCAACCCCAGUUACUUUCUCCCGAUCCUGGGCUUGCCUCUCCAAACCCGCCCUUCAUGCAUUCUCGCGCAGACAGGGAUUCCCAAGGAAGCCACGAUUCACGAAUUACUCUCCCUGAAGAGGCUCGUGCUUACAUUGUCAAUAUGACUGAUAGCCCUUUGGCAAGCCCUCAUGUUGCUCAGUUCGUCACAAAGCCCAGUGCGUUGAGUGGGAGCAGUCCCAACUCCUUCGAUGAUGUCAACGAGGCAACGACGAUCGUACUUGACGAUAGAGUGCCACCGAUUGGUUCGGGCCACGGGUUAAUGAAGAUUGCCAACCCAGAUCCUGAAGGGAAUGGUCCAGACUCUGCUGCGAGUCGUCGGAAUGGCCACACCGAUAAUCGUGACGGAUUGGGAUAUAUGGGCCCUCCUCCCGUCGUCACAGUAGUGCCUGCGUCAGCGGGUCCGAUGUCUCCUCCUCGACAAACACCACUUGGACCAUCGAGGCCACACGACAUCAAUGGCACGCGCCUGACUCCUCGCAAGCCGCCGAGCACCGAGGCAACACGAGACGAACUUGGAAGCAUGUUCCUUGACAUGGAUGAGAGCUCAGGACUUGAGGAUGGUUCUGGUAUUGAGGAUGAACCUCUUGAUGGCACCGAAGACGGGUUUGACUCGCCUAUUCAACGUAAUGACCACGUGGCGGGGAGUGAUGAUGGAUAUUCGACCGCGAAGGCCCUCGAGUCCUCAAACGAUGCCUACAAUAAAGAGAGAUCCAGAAAAGUCAAACCUCGGGCAGCGGUUGAAGACUUCCCCCUACCUCCAUCAUCCGAUACCUCGCUCGCUCACCCUUCCUCAUCGCUUCAGCUUUCCGCCGACCCCGGUUCCUCUACAUCCGUGUUCUCCAACGGUAUACCUUCGGGCGAUAGUUCUGCUUACUCGAUCAAUCCAAAUGCAGCCAACCUUCAUUCGGCAUCAGCAUCAACUUCCACGCUCCUCUCUGCAUCUUCAUCCAGUCCACCGUCCGCCCUGGCGUCCUCGUCCAAUCUCGCCUCUAUCCCCUCAGAUUCCUCCUUCGUGUUGCCGAAAGGUACUACGACCUUGACUCUGUCUUCCUUGGACAAAGGAAACAAGUUCCGCGCCCUGCCGCUAUUAAUCAGCGAUCUACCGUACACAGCGAUUUCGGUAUCUUCGUCCUUCGUGCGUCCAAAUGAACGUGGGAAGGAGGUUUUGAGCUUUACUGUGCUUGUAAGUAUCGACAGGGAGGGUGGCAGGAAGAGCAAUGCAGGAGAGCACAUGAAUGAGAAAAGCAAGCCCAAGGAUAGUUGGACGAUCGAGAAGAUGUAUAGUGAUGUGCUGGCAUUGGACCAACGAGUCAGAUCUACCGUAGGGAAAGGUGCGGCCAGGAAGAUGGCCAACUUGCCUGAAGGGCGGCUUUGGAAAGACCACGCACCCGCGAAGGUCGAUCAGCGCAAGGCUGUGCUUGAGAAUUACCUACAGACGCUCGUAAAUCUCCCGGUCAAGAACAACGAUGAAGUAAUCGCUUUCCUUACCUCCGACAUUGUGCGUGAUGCGAAGAAGCCUGUCCUCCAAGCUGGACACAAGGAAGGCUAUCUCACAAAACGGGGCAAGAACUUCGGAGGAUGGAAGACGAGGUUCUUUGUUUUGCAAGGUCCCGUGCUGGAGUAUUAUGACUGCCGUGGCGGAACCCACCUAGGAUCCAUUCAAGUAGCGGGCGCGCAGAUCGGUCGUCAGCAGCGCUCGGAAAACCGUGGUAGCACCGCUGACGAAGAAAAAGAAUACCGUCAUGCGUUCCUCAUUGUCGAAGCUCGAAAGAAUGCAGCAGGCAAUCAUCCCCGUCAUGUUCUUUGCGCGGAAAGUGACGAAGAUCGUGAUUCAUGGGUAGAAAUGUUGGUGCGAUACUUCAGCGGCGUAUAUACGGAGGAGCCUGUUACAUACAGUGCGCGAGGUCCCAGUCCAAUCUCAACCAACACUCAGGAUUUGGACCGAACUCCUAACGGCUACGGCCAGCCACCAGCACGGUCAAGCCACUCCAUUGAUAUACCUCCUCCAUACACUCCAACUCCCAGAGAACAUGCUCAGCGACGUGGCAUGUCUCGAGACGACAUCACGAUAUCGAAAGGCCCGGCUAUCCCAAUAUCUCAGCUAGCGCCCGACGCCAGUAACGCCAAACUCUUCCAAUCCACGCCUAUGCUCGGAGAAACUACGACCAGUCCUGUUAAGACCCACCCAUCGCCAGUGGAGCGUCACGGAGAACGUGAGAAGGCCGGCGGACUACCUUCGAGCCUGCCUGACCCGAGUCCUCUCAGUUCUAGCACUGCGGGCCACGACAUCGGGUCGUCUUCGUCUCCACUGCGGUCGAACUCGGAGAUGGGGCACUAUCCGGAUUUGCAAGACUCUGGGAAGCAUCGUCAACCCUCGCCCGAGAAGCACCGGGAUCGGGCUCGUGAGGUAGACUCUCGCAAAUCGUACAUGCCAUCUUCUAGCACAAGCCUUGUUCCACCGGUUACGGAGCGUGUGCCUUCUCCAGACAAGAUGGAUAGAGCAAAGAUCUCGGGCCCCAUAAACGGUACUCCAAUACCUGCCGGCUACAAAUUUGGUGGUAAAGAUGCUGAGGCUACGCCAAUCACACCAAGCGAUCGGCGAGAGAAAGCAAAAUCGCGCUCUUUCUGGAAUUUUGGUAGACCAAACGAUAAACUCCAGCCGCUGCCGACAUUCAUCCCUCGCGCCGUCUUUGGUGUUCCCUUGGAAGAGUCUCUCGACGUGGCUCAAAUAGCCAGCCUUCCGGCCAUUGUGUUCCGUGCCAUCCAAUACUUGGAGGCUAAGCGGGCCGACCAAGAAGAAGGUAUCUAUCGAUUGAGUGGAAGCUCCGCAGUCAUCAAGAGCCUAAAGGAUAGGUUCAAUGCCGAAGGUGACAUAGACCUGCUGGCAUCCGACGAGUACUGGGACCCACAUGCCAUAGCCGGUCUUCUCAAGAGCUUCUUGCGCGAACUGCCCGCCAGUAUACUCACCCGCGAUCUGCAUCUGAAAUUCCUAGCCGUCAUUGACUUUGUCGAUGCUCAAGAACGCAUAAAGGAACUUUCGCAAUUGAUUGCGGCUCUACCAAUUGCCAAUUAUAGCCUGCUUCGUGCUCUGACGGCUCAUCUGAUACUGAUCGUUCAAAACUCAGGUGUAAAUAAGAUGACCAUGCGGAACGUGGGUAUCGUCUUCAGUCCUACCCUCGGGAUUCCGGCAGGCGUCUUUAGCUUGAUGUUGGGGGAGUUUAACCGUGUGUUCAAUGUCGACCCCGAUUACACCGAUGAUGGGUCCGAUGAAAAGGCUGCAGCUGCUGGAGCGGAGGGAGACCAGUUAACCGUAGGGGACCGUCCAAACGGCACAGAUAUGGCUCGGCGUAAUAGUCAACGAUAUUCGGACGCUGCCGCCGACAAAUUGCUCGGCCUUGCUGGCAGAAAAUUAACAGUUGCGUCCGACGAUGGUCAAUCAGACGGAGAUGACUUUUCUGUGCAGGAUGAAAGUGGCCCAGAAACAGCCGAGGGCGACGUCACGGUAGAAUCGUCGUCCUCCAAUCUCAGCACGGGUGAUUCAGCGCGUUCGCAGCAUUUCAUUGAUCCACCCGAGACACCCAUCGCCUCGAAAACUUCCAAGGCUUCUAGCGUCGCAGCGACACGCGGUCUCAACGUUUCUAUCACACCGUCAGACAGAGGCCAUCGCUACUCCCGAAUGAUGGGCCUCCCCUCUUCUCCGCGGCCACCCAUCUCGCCUCGAACUGAUGCCUCAUCUUCGGACAAGGCGUCGCCUCAGUGA